GGCGAAGGAGGAGCAAACGGAGCAGAGAGAUCGAGAAGGAAGGUGAAAAAAACGGAAAAAGGUCGGAGAUUGCGGUUUGUCCUCUUUGACCAGGGGCAUUUGGCGAUUCUAAGCGGCCGAGCUCUACGCCAUGGUGUUCUUUCGAGCCUUGUCUGCUCUCUCCACACUGCGCUCUCGCUCUCGCUCUGCGCAGCAAUCUAGUCUCGGAACUUCGGUCAGAUGGCUGCAGAUGGAGACCUCUUCCGAUCUUGAUCUUCACGGUCAGUUGAAGGAGAUGAUUCCUGAACAACAGGAGCGACUGAAGAAACUGAAAGCAGAACACGGAAAGGUUCAAUUGGGGAAUUUCACAACGGAUAUGGUGCUUGGUGGCAUGAGAGGAAUGAUUGGGUUACUGUGGGAGACCUCAUUACUUGACCCAGAUGAGGGCAUUCGCUUCAGGGGUCUUUCGAUUCCUGAAUGUCAAAAGGUGCUACCAGCUGCAAAACCUGGGGGAGAGCCGCUUCCAGAGGGCCUUCUCUGGCUCCUUUUGACUGGAAAGGUUCCCAACAAGUCGCAGGUAGAUGCUCUAUCUGCCGAAUUGCGAGACCGUGCUCAAGUUCCAGAAAAGUUGUACAAGUUCAUUGAUGGUCUGGAUGUAACAGCUCACCCAAUGACCCAAUUAUCAGCUGGGGUUAUGUACCUUCAGGUUCAAAGUGAAUUUCAGAAGGCAUACUCAGAAGGAAUUCAUAAAUCAAAAUACUGGGAAACAACAUAUGAGGACUCUCUUAAUUUGAUUGCUCGUCUUCCAGCACUUGCUGCUUACAUUUAUCGGAGGUUAUACAAGGAAGGUCAGUUCAUACCCAUGCAUGAUUCUUUGGAUUAUGGAGGGAAUUUUGCACACAUGCUAGGAUUUGAUAAUCCCAAAAUGCAGGAGCUUAUGAGGCUCUAUCUCACAAUUCACAGUGAUCAUGAAGGUGGAAAUGUCAGUGCUCACACUGCCCACCUUGUUGGCAGUGCACUUUCAGAUCCGUAUCUUUCAUUUGCAGCUGCAUUAAAUGGUUUAGCUGGGCCACUCCAUGGAUUGGCUAAUCAGGAAGUUUUGCUUUGGAUCAAGUCAGUUGUAGAUGAGUGUGGAGAGAACGUCAGUACAGAACAGUUAAAAGAAUAUAUCUGGAAGACUCUGAAGAGUGGCAAGGUCGUUCCUGGGUAUGGCCACGGAGUGCUCCGACAAACAGAUCCCAGAUAUACAUGUCAGAGGGAGUUUGCUCUGAAGCAUUUACCUGAUGAUCCACUAUUCCAACUGGUUUCAAAGCUUUAUGAAGUGGUACCUCCUAUACUGACCGAGUUAGGAAAGGUCAAAAACCCAUGGCCUAAUGUGGAUGCUCACAGUGGAGUUUUGCUGAAUCAUUUUGGUUUGACGGAAGCAAGAUACUAUACCGUUCUUUUUGGCGUAUCAAGGAGCAUUGGAAUAUGCUCACAGCUGAUAUGGGACAGGGCGCUUGGGUUGCCUCUAGAGAGGCCCAAAAGUGUUACCAUGGAAUGGCUUGAAAAUUACUGCAGAAAAGCAGCCACCUCCUAAAUGUCAACAGUGGAGCCGCUAAUGUUUGUUCCGUGAUAUUUUCUUGGAAGUCCUGAUUUUUCUACCGAUAGGCCCCGGCAAUCCUGAAUUAUGAUGUUGUCUAGCUGUGAGAGGUUUAGAACUCUUCACCUGUUUCCUUUCUGAGGAAGUUUUGAAUUCUACUUGUUUUAUGGUGGCUCGUCAAUUAUUGACCUGGUAGCUGUGUGAGAUACAAAUAAUGGGCUUCAAUGGGAAUAAUGGUUAACUACCACUUACCCUA